AUGAUGCCCCACCUCACCUCACGCUAUGCUCCUUUCAAACUGCCACUCAGAUGCCUGACCCUCAAUGAUAACCUACUUCUAAACGGACCAAACGAAACAAAGAACGAGGCUGCCUUCCGCCUCCUCGUCGAAGGGCUGACAGAGUUCGCUGGGGAUAUCCAACACUCCCCUGUUCGCGACAACCUCCUCCCACAUAUGCUCAAGUCUCUCGACAUCAGAGCGUCGUUGGACACAACGCUUGGAGAAGAGGAGCUCACGGAGAACUUUGAUGUCAUCCAAUGCCUCGGCAUAGACUAUCCCGAGCUGGAACGGCUUGUAGUUAGGAUUGAGCUUGACGAGUCCGAUGAUCGUGAACAACACAGAGACGUCAGGACAGACAACGAUGAGCAAGUCUGUUGUAUCUUCUCAGACCUCUGCAACUGCCUGUUCCAAUCGUCGGCCUUCGAGAAACUACUGACAUUCGAGCUGGAAAGCUGGGGAGACUCUCUUGCACUUGGCCGCAGCCUAGGCAGCUAUCCUGGUCACUUUUUCUCACGACUUCACCGUUCAUCUCCAAACCUACGGUCGUUGUCGCUGAAUCUGAAUAGUAUUGAUGCUUUCGAAUACUCAAGCAUGCGUGACAAUCUUAUCUGGUUCUUGGAUCAAACACCAACAUGCUCUUCGCUCCGGUUGGGAUUGGGCGAUGUCGAACUGGUGAGCAACAUUCUUCCUUAUCUGCUCCAGAGCGACAGCAUCAAGACUUUCAAUCACUUGGUUCCCAUCGGAUUGCUGCCAGAGCUCAAACGACCCUUCCAUUCAUUUAACCUCGCGGUCUAUCGUGGGACAGACCUGGAUGAUGUCCAAACAAUCGCGGCAUUGGAGUCGCUCCGCCUGGUCGAUCUCAUCAUCCUGUCGAAUUGCAAAAGGCACAAAGAUAUCGUUAUCAAGAUUGAGCGCCACCUUCAUCCUCCCUCAAGAUUCUCUCAUUGGACUUUGACUACGAGGUGA